CUAUACGGUGAUUCGCUAGGUGGCCAUCUGGUCCUUUGCGAUGAGGAGGUGGUGGUGGACCUCAUCUUUCAUAUAUCAAGGAUAGAAGUCGUAACGGCUGAAACGAGAAAACGAUUACACCGCGAAGCACCGUUCUUCGGAGCUAUACAUAAGUCGAUGAGCUACAAUUUUUUCACGGCGCCCCGAUCCAAUGCUAGAAGUGGGCUUCCUAGGCCCCUUAGACGUGAACCAUUCUGCCCAGUUAUUUCCGACCUACGCUUCAGAUUCCUUGUCCAACUUAAUCUUUGCUUCAAUCAGACUUAACCCUAGCUGUUUAUUUUACCAUCUCUAUUAAUUACCUGUUGGAAUUGUGGCGCUGUUAACCCGGGUGGGCAUGGAUUCUCGCUUCCCCGAACUCUACACUGUCCACAUGGACGUCAAGCAGAUACAGAUGAUACAGAACAGCCAUGCUGAAAGAAUUUCUCGGUUGGAGAAGCGUCAGGCCGACGACGCCGCGAUCAAGUCGGUCUGGAACUCGCCUUUCCCCAGUGCCCUAAGUGGCACGCCACAGCACGGACCACUCCAGAUUCCCUCGAGCGAGAUGUUCGACGACUUUGAGGAGCAGGGCCAGAGCCUUCUCGGUAGUCUACAUCUGGAUGCCGAAGAUGAACCCACAAGACGCGGCGCGGCUUCUAGGGCGAAUAGUGUUCGCUUCGAUGAGAGUGCGCUCCAAGGCUCAAGCUGGGCGCAGAACGGUCGCCAUUCGGGAGAUUUUGGUCCCAUUAGACCAGGUAGCGGCCUUGGUAACCAUAACAUGAUGGAACGUUCAUUGUCUCAUAAAUCGGAUGGUAGACAUAGUUCGGCUGGCCAUUCGGUACAUUCGAUCCAUUCUCAUCACUCUGUUGCCUCUGGCCACGGAAGUAGCUUAGGCAUAGACACAACGUUCACACCUGGCGGUCAGGACGAAGAGUCUCCAAUUACCGCUCCGGAACCACCACCGAGUUUGUUUGUGUUGGGUUCGGUGCCAUCCAUUAUUCGUUGCUGGCUUACUGCUAAUUUCGCGCAUGAUACCCUCCUCUACGCAGAUGUCUGCACCGGAUCCCAAAAGUCGGUUGUCGAAUUUUCGUUAAUUAAAGAAUUAGAUCUCGUGGACGACAUUCACCGUGAUUUGGAUGGCGUGCAUCGAAUCCGUUUACCAGUCUACUUGACGGAGGCUACCGUUUCUCAACCAAGCUCUCGGGGGAUGAGUCCAGCGCCACAGAUGCCAAGCCUGACUUGCACGUUUGAAGUAGUGGGAAUGGACUUACCUGACAACGCCGAAGCUAGGAAGGCUAUCCGCAUCUUCAUUGGUAGCGAGACAUUGAGGGAACAUUCAGCUGACGUCCUGUUUUCACAAAACCGUAUGACUCUGUACGGCAGCGAGCGCGAGAAGCUAUCCGUUCCCUUUGUACGCCCCGAAGAUAAUGGAGUGUUUAAACACAUCCGUACGAUGGCAAUCUUCCCCGAAAAGCCGAAGCUGAAUGCCACCGCCCGCCCAUUCGUCUUAACCGAGGCCAAGCCACAGACCACUGUAUCUGUGCAAUCGGAUAGGCCUCAGACAAAGGAGUUGCGUGACGACGAUGAAGUCCGAGCGUUGACCUCACCAUCUUCGGAACAGGCGAGUCAGCAAGCUGCUACCACUACGACAAGUACCGUGUCGGAGAGCGGCGGCGAAAGCGAGAGGCAGUUCAAAGAUGCCGGUACCUCGGAAUCUAGUGUAAAGGGAUCCCAAGUCCAGUCAAGCGACGCUUCGGGCGAUAGCGUUCGUCGAACCUCGGCAUCAGGAAGCAUCUGGAAUUCAUGGCGCCAUGGCCCUACAAUCAAUGGCAACGAGCUGAAGGAGAGCACCCCAUUGAGUGGGUACCAGCCUGCUGGACGUGGGAGCCGGAACAUGAAGGUUUUGAAGCCGAUGAAGUCGACGUCGUCAUCGGCUCGAACGGGGGCUUCUUACGAACCGGCUCCACCACCCAGAAGCAAUGGCGAGCUCCGACGCAAGAGUCAAGGUGGCGCGGACAGUGUCAGUAUCGGAAACGCUGCACUCCGGUGGGAUGCGAAGCGAAUGCCAAUCGGGAGCGCUGAGGCAAAGCCAACCGGGGCUACUCGUGAGAGUCGAAGCGUAUCUGGGACUCCCCGUACAUCGUCGAACCCCAUCGGUAGUGCUUCGGCUUUCUCGUGGAUGAGUCAGUCGGGCAAGCCAAGAACGCCGACAGCAGCAGCUGAGUAGUGGAAGCCUACUCCUGCACAGGAAAACGGGGUCAUACUUGAUGAUGGAUUGUCGCGUUCGCGUUUUGAUAUUCUGCUAGGAUCGCAAUGAUUCUACUUACCAGUAGGUAGAAACAUGAUUAAAGAAAAGAAUAAAAGAGCAAGUCAAAUAAAUUAC